AUGUCUGCACCGGGCCCGAACCCGUCGCGCCAAGAGGCCCCGCACCCCCACGAGGUGUUCCUCGACCCCAAGGGCCAGUUCGUCCUGGUGCCGGACCUAGGUGCCGACCUCGUUCGCGUCUUCGCUGUUGACGGCGUCAACCUCGCUGCCGUCGACUCCCUCACAGCCGCCCCUGGUAGCGGACCUCGCCACAUCGAGUUCCUCGUCACCCCCGAAGGCAAGACGUACCUGUAUCUCAUCAGCGAGCUUGCCAACACCAUCACCGCCUAUGACGUGACCUAUCGUGAGAACAAGACGCUCGGCUUCAACGAGGUGUACUCGGGUUCUACUUAUGGCGAGGGCGCUACUGCACCUGUUGGCGCCAGCGGCGCUGAGAUUUGGGUUUCGCCCGACGGCAAGUUCCUGACCGUCUCCUCGCGCAACGACUCGGCAUUUAGCAUCAGCAACCCCGACACCAACGGCGAGGGCGCGCAGGUCCCCUCCGACUCCCUCAACAGCUUCAGCAUCAACGCGCAGACGGGCGCGCUCACGCUCCUGCAGAAGUUCCCCGCGGGCGGCCGCAUCCCCCGCCAGUUCUCCGUCAACAAGGCCGGCGACUUGGUCGCCGUUGGCCUUCAGUCGGACAGUCGCGUCGUCAUCAUCAGCCGUGAUGCCGCAUCGGGCAAGCUGGGCGACAUAAUCGCGAGCGCCAAUGUCGAGGGUGAGGUCACGGCCGUCAUAUUUGACGAAUAG